AUGAAUCGAAAUUCGAACUUCUCUCCCCCAGAUGUCUAUGAUUACCACGUUGGAUGGAUUUGUGCAGCUACACAAGACUAUGGAGCCGCUUGCAAAGUCCUCGACGAGCAAUACCAGCCCCUGACAUCAUCAAUUAUACCAUCGAGCCGCACAUCCUACAAGCUUGGGCGCAUUGGGAAUCACAAUGUUGUGAUUAACAUCCCCCCAGCGACUCGAGUAUUGAACUACUACCUCUAA